AUGAACUUAGUCCUGCUGCUCUACGACGAGGUGGAGGAGAUAAAUGCCACUGGAUCCGUCCUCUUGCCCACCACGGACCGUCGUGCACGACACAUUGCAACUGUGUUAAAGCCAAAGCCCGGCGCAACAAUCCGCGUUGGCUGCGUGGGAGUCGGUGUGGGGCGCGCGAGCGUGUGCAUUUUGGAGGAUGGGCAAGUUCGACUAAGUCCGGCUGCCAGCAAUGACACCGACGCAGCUGGCCGGCUUUGCUUGUCGGCGUUGCCUCCCCACCCGCACGUGGAGUUGCUUUUGGCCAUGCCUCGUCCAAAGGCGCCGGGGCUCGCGGGCAUGAGAGCUAGCAUGAAGUUGGACCGACUUUCGUGA